UGAGCGGCAAUGACGCGACACAUUAUGUGUUUAUCGCGUGGCCCGAGAGUUGCAGCAUCACACCUAUAGAUGCGUUUGGAAUUUGCAUCUAAUAGUUCAAGUGCAAUCGGUGGUGUGGGAGAGUCUGCUGCCACUGGGACACCCAACUACCUACCUGUGGAGUGAUUAUUUGCUAACAUGUACACGGCAGAUGAUGUGUUUGUCAGCUCCACGGCCAUGCCUACGUCAUCGAUUGCCGGCGCCGUCAAAACCUUCAGCGUCUUGGACUACUUCGUUUUUUGCACUCUGAUGCUGACGUCGGGGGCGAUCGGCGUCUACUUUGCGUUUUUCGCCAAGCAGAAACAAAACACCACCAAAGAAUACCUCAUGGGUGGAAAAAACAUGGGAUUAUUUCCCAUCACAAUGUCACUUGUAGCAAGUUACAUUUCUGGAGUGUCUUUGCUGGGAGUGCCGGCCGAGAUCUACACUUUCGGCACACAGUACGGCGUCAUCAUUAUAGCCGAGGUUAUGGUCUGUGUGCUGAGCGCUUAUGCAUUCAUGCCAGUGUUUUACAAAUUGCAACUGUUCUCGUCUUUUGAGUAUUUGCAGAUGAGAUACGACAACUCGGUCCGGCUCUUCCUAUCCGUGCUUUACUGCCUGAUGACAAUCCUGUACACGCCGCUGAUCAUCUACAUCCCCUCGCUCGCCUUCAGCCAAGUGUCGGGCAUCAACUUGUACGUCGUGGCGGUGGCGACGUGUGCCAUUUGCAUUUUCUACACCAGUUUGGGUGGUUUGAAAGCUGUGGUUUGGUCGGACACGGUGCAGUCCUUCGCGAUGAUUCUCGGCGUGAUCGCCGUGACCGUGCUCGGGACGAUGGACGUUGGUGGCGUCGGGGUGGUGCUGGAGAGGGCGACCACCAGCAACAGGAUCGAGAUUUUCAAUCUGGAUCCGAAUCCUCUGGUGCGUCACACGUUCUGGACAGUGGUAAUUGGCAACUUCUUCAUGUGGCUGUCGCACAUCGCCGCCAACCAAGCCAUCCUGCAGCGAUGCCUUGCAUUGCCCACCAUCGGCAAGGCGAGAAGCGCUCUGAUAUCCCUGUCCAUCGGAAUUUCAACGUUUGUGGUUUUUAGCGUGUAUUCUGGCCUGGUAAUUUAUGCAAAAUAUCACGAUUGCGAUCCAGUUUACACGAAAGCCAUAAGGAAAGUUGAUCAAAUUUUACCGUUCACGGUGAUGGACCUUUCCAAUAGCGUGCCUGGAUUUCCGGGAAUCUUCAUCGCCGGAGUUUUCAGCGCUGCUCUCAGUUCGAUGUCAACAAUGCUUAACUCGAUGUCCGGCGUUAUUCUGCAGGACUUCAUCCGUCCGUGCUGGGGCAAACGACCCCUGUCCGAAAUGGCAGCCAGCACCAUCAUGAAGGUGAUCGUGGUGCUGAUCGGUUCGUUGUGCGUCGUCAUGGUGCUGAUCGUCGACAGGCUGGGAGCCAUCAUUCAAGUCAGUCGAACUCUGAGCGGAAUCACCGCAGGAGCGUCGCUCGGCAUAUUUGUGCUCGGCAUGACCGUGCCGUGGCUUAAUGCAAAAGGCGUCCUCUGGGGCGGCAUUUCCAGCAUCUUUGUCGCUGGCUGGGUGGCCCUCGGCUCGCAGACUGCCCUUCGAAGUGGCACGCUUAGGUUCGAGAACAAGCCACUCUCCGUUGAUGGAUGCCUUUACGACUUUCCCUCCACCAACGAGACAUUGAACUUCACGCCCGUCGAGGACGCGUUUUGGGUUUUCCGCAUCUCGUACUUGUACCUGACCGUCAUCGGAUUUACAACGCUGUUGGUGGUGGCGUUUUUUGUGACUUUGGCCACGGGGCCAAACGACAUCAGCAAGAUGAAUCCAGACCUCUUCAGUCCCCUCGUGCAAGGCCUCUUCCCCAAGAAGCAGCUCCCUGAGGACGGAAACGCCGAGAUUAAACUGUUGCACAAAAAAGCGGAAGCAGGGGAAACGAUGGAAUAAUUGUGUGAGAAAAUCUGUGACGAUCGCUGUAUGUUAAAGUUUACGCCCAAGCAAGUCAUCUCAACAUUUCUUUCUAUUUUUGUGAAUGAAAAGAUGAAAUAAAAGUACUUUUCCACUUGAUUGAAAGAGACA